AUGAAGACAAAGGAAGCCUCCGUGGAGACGCCGACUCAACGGGAGCGCGGGGAUCUGCUCCAGAAAGCAGCGCGCGGCGGCGGAGAUGCCCCGGGAAAGCAGGACGAAGCUAACUACGUCGACUUGGAUUUAAUAGACUUAAAGGCAGGCGAAACAAAACCGGCGAAAGUGUCUUACCUCGCCGAGGGAAACCAAACCGUCCUCAUUAACAGCAGCGGUGCGGGUGCCCCGUGCGUAAUGGACACAAAUCCCGAGCAAGGAAGGCUGGCGAAUCAAAGCGAUACUGAAACUAAGGGGAAGGAGGAUGCCAAUGUUAGGAAAUGUGCGGAGGAUGACACGGAAGGUCGCACUGGCACUGAUCCCCCCUCAUCAUCUGCGGAUCAUUGUGUCCAAGUGGAGGAAUGUGUCAGAUCGCAAGAAACUGACAGCAGGGAGCGCAACACAACGCAGCCAGACCUAUCCAAAGAAGAAGAAACAAAAAACACAACUUCCAAGGAAGAAUCACACAAUAUCGAUAAUUAUCUGAGUGGGGGUAGUGUGUCGGAAGACUUUGAGGAGGAGGAUGAUGUGAGUUUGGUGCUUUCCGACGACUGCGUCCCGUGCGUAACGGAGGACGAGUCCCAUUACAUUACCACGCAUGAGAUCCAGCUAUCAGAGCUUUCUGAUCAUGAGGGGGACUACGAGAACGGCGUGGGCUCCUCCAGCUGGGACAUCGAAGAUGAUAAUCAGGUCUACUCUUUUGUCGAUUAUGCGUCUUUUGACGGUGAUGGAGCGGUGGGGGAGAGAGGGAAAAGCCACCCGACUCGUCCUCACGGCGCAGCAGCCGUCAGCACUCUGCUGGAAAGUGAUCUCUGCGACGCGGCCAAGUUCACCAGCUCAGAUGAGAGUCUGUCAAAGGCCCAGCAGCAGUGCAGUGGCAACAGUGCUGGGCAGAUCCACCUGUCAAUCAAAACCACUUCCCGAGCUAUAAAUGACCCUAGCAACAUCCAAGAAAAGGGAAAUAUUCUUUAUCAUGCCAAGCGCUCCGGAGACAUGAGUCGCUAUGUCUUUAGGGGAGCUGAUGGGAAAGCAGGGAAAUUGCGUGAUAGCGCAAAGUGCUUCAUUGCCGCGCCCGGACGCUUACACUUUGGCAGUAAAUUAAAGGGGAAAGAGGUUACCGAGUACUCCAGCGGUGCGUCCAGCGCUGUCAGUGAACUGGACGACGCUGACAAAGAGGUGCGCAACCUGACAGCCAGAGCCUUCAAGAGCCUGGCCUACCCCUACUUUGAUGCCAUUAAUUUCAGCACUUCCAGUGAGUCCUCCGCAUCAGAGCACGGGAUAGGGAUAAACAGGUGGUCCACGUUUGUCGACCUGAAAUAUGGCAACGUCAACAUGUCCCAGGGACUGGACCAAAGUAUGAUGGCCCAUAAAAAUUCAACGUCCUCAUUUGAAAUAGCCAAAAAUAUAGAUAAUAAAGGUUAUAAGGGAGUUGCACUGGCAAGCAUCAAACCGCCCCCGAGCAAGAUCUUCACUCUGAAUGGCAAUCCCCACAGCGCAUCGUCAUCAACAAAGAAAAUUGAGCUGAUGGGAAAAUUUGGGCAGGGGCAGAGUGGAGUGAUUACACUCACAGAAACACUGAAUUUUCGGUGUAAUGUAAAAUCGGGAAUGUCAGGGGGAGAAAGACGUGCGAAAUUUGCACAAAACGCUGCAGGAUCACGUUCCACAGAUGAAGUUACCAACAGCUUGCCAAGCGGCCAGAGGAGAGGGGCCAGGAGGCUGCCCUGUAAUGCAGGGGAAACCAUGGAAGACACGCACAAGAAAGCCAUUUUCGCUUCAAGCCUGAUUAAAAAUGUCAUUUCUAAGAAGAUGCAGUUUGAGCAGGAGCGCAAAAUGGAAAGAGGGGAAAUAUGUGAACCCCAUCAGAUAUCCCCAUGUUUUGCCCAUCAGGAAAGCGAAAGCCACAAGGGGAAGGGGAGCAGGGAGCUGCACAGACAGAGCUCCAAGUUUUCCGAGACCAGCUCUGACUUUGCCAUAAUGUGUGUGGAUGAAAUAGGGGACAUAGUGGAUAGCGGCUCAUGUGAUACCAAAAGCGACUCGCGGAGACAAGACGAUUUAACUCUUGAGCCCGAAACUAAUUUUGAACCGACAAAUGAAGCCGGAAUCGAUACUAAAAAAGGCGCAUUGGAAGCGUCCAAAAGCACGUUGCUUCGCAGCCAAAAUAGCGCAUUCAGAUGCUGGAAGGACGGAGAGCUAGAGUUUCAAAAGGAACAUAAAAACGAUAAAACUCCAGAGGAGAACCCGCCUUCACCCAAGAACGACCCGGACGAGGGGGGCCCGUACACAGAAGGCAGCAGUAAACUCACUAAAAUGUCACAUUUGUUUGUGCCAAGUAUCCAACUGCUGUCUAGUGACGGAGAAGUUGGACAGCAGCUGCCGACCAGGAAUUAUUCUCCAUGUGUUGAGGGAGAGGGAAUGAAACUGCGCUCUGGCAACACCUUAUACGUCGCAGACUCCAGGAGUGUCGCAACAUCAAAAUCUCCAGAAAUCAAAAUUAACUUACGGAGCGUCAGAGAUAAUAAAGUGGAGCCGUUUGGAGUUUCCAAACUGCGGGCUCCCAGUAUCGGCUGUAACGCGGCCAGCCUGCUCAGAACAGAUGACUUCAGAUGUCAAGCGCUUGCUGCAGCCUUGAAGGGUGAGUCCUCAGACAAAGUGCCGCAUUUCAUGGUUAGAGACAUAAGAGAUAAUAAUAAGGGGAAGCUGCAGACGCCCAUACACCAAGUGAGAGACGUGCGUAAAUUGGUAAAAAGUUCAUAUCACUUUGUUUCCUUGGAUAACAACGAUAAUAAAUCUAGCUUUGCCACUGCCGACCCCACUGCAGAGCAAAAGAAACAGGUGCCUUAUCGAAACCCCGCCUCUGUUUCCCCAAUAGUGAUAAAGUGCCAAUCUGUCAAUACAAAUAGCCACGGAAAACAAUCUGGAAAUCUAAUCGAUCUAUCCAAAGGAAGGCUGAAUGAAGAGCCGUUUGACAUAGAUAGAUGUUCUCCAGAGGGCGCUAAAAGUGGGUCACUACUCCAAAGGCCACUGGGGAGAGCAGCCACAGGCAGUUCAAAUAAAGUAGACUCCUCUGAGGGGGCUAUAGGGUUGAGAAUUGAGACCAGAACAGCCUCUCGGAGGCAGGAAAAAACCUCAGAUAUAGCAGAGAAGAAACCUGAAUCAAAGAUGGCCAACCAGGUGGCCUUAGAAAAACUCCAAGCUGCUGUCAAAACCAUGGAGCAGCUUUAUGUUUUUGACAGAAAUGAAUGGAAGAGGAAAAGUGAGCCCCAGCCCCUAACAGACAGCCAUGUGCUGUCACUGAUUGCCAGUGAGGAGCACGGGGGCUCUGAGGAUGAAGGAGGCCGGGGGUCCAGUGCAGACAGGCCUGUGAGGAGAGACUCCUACACAAACAUAGACAAGAUACCACCGGUGGCAGCAGCAUCCCCUGGCAAUGAGACCUUGUUCAGAAGAGAGGAGAAAGACCCUCCUAAAAACUUCCAGAGCCACACCAGCCGGGACGAGAGGCUCAGUGCCAAGUCACUUUCAGUGCAAGCUGCUAGUACCGGGGGGAGCAAAAACAUGUUCAGCCUCAGCUCCGGCCAAAAUACAAAGCCCCCCCAGCUGAAUGCCAUCACACAGACACCAUACAGCACCAAAGGCCUCGUGCACAAGUCUCCGAAAGUGCCAGUGUCACUAAAAAUAAGCCAGAUGAGGCAUCAAGUAGAUGCAAAGGAGAAGCAUGGCGGCGAGGUGGACAGGUCCGCCCAAAACCUUUUCAGUGCCUCGGCUGACAAUGAGAACUACCUAACCAUUCCCAUUAAGUCCCAUGCCAGCAGCACCAGCCCUCCAUCUCAUGUGGGACCCAGCACCAGCAUCAAGGGCCGGGAGGACCACAACCAGUCUCCCAAACGCUCCAGCAUCGUGAUGGAAACCAGGUCACCAGAAAUCCCAGCUGCCGCCACUAUCUACCACUCCCUUCCACUGAGCAUGCCAGCCAAUCAGCCGCAGGUCUUCUGCUUCUCCCCGACCAUCACUCCAACCCCAACCCUGGAGCCCUUCCAGGCCACCCAGAGGAAGAUGCUCCUGGAUCCCACCACUGGGAACUACUACCUGGUGGACACUCCUGUUCAGCCGGCCACCAAGCGCCUCUUUGACCCCGAAACAGGCCAGUACGUGGACGUGCCCAUGCCACAGCCACCCAUGACCCCGAUGCCCAUGCCCAUGGCGCCUCUGGCCCUCAGUCCCGGGGCAUACGGUCACACCUAUAUGAUCUAUCCAGGUUUCGUGCCGACGCCGCCUGUGAUCUCUGCCGGGAGGCUGGCCCAGUCGCAGAUGUCAGCGCAGUCCGACUCAGACAGCGGGGAUAAAGCAUUGUCGCAGCAAACUGAGGGCAUCUACAUGGAGAGCCCCUACUACAUGGCCACCGGAAAGUCUCCCCAGACAGCCUCUGGGGCUCAGCAGCAGACUGCUGCCAACAGGCCGCUGCAGGGCUUCUCCACCACCAAGCAGCCAAUCAUCAGCAUCACGUCCCAGCAGGGGCCCCGCAUCAUCGCCCCGCCCUCUUUUGAUGGGACAACCAUGAGCUUUGUGGUGGAGCACAGGUAA